GCUUAUUCCAUGCGGGACCACUAUUAAGGAUUAGAAGGAGGAUGAAAACAUCCGACUUUACGCUUUGUAACGAAAACUGUCGUUAAUUUGGCGGCAAGAUAAUAAUGUAAGUAAUUUUAAAAAAUAUACAUAACUAAUACUAUAAAUUAGAAAAAGUAUGAUUGUAAGAUAAAUUAACAAUUCAAUAUUUAACACGUUCGGCUAAGCCUGUGAACUCGUCGUGUUGUCACCGUGAGAUUUUUUACACCGACUGAUUAAAGCGAUAUAGAUAAAUAUAUAUAUAUAUAUAUAUAUAUAUAUAUAUAUAUAUGUGUGUGUGUGUAUAUGUUUGUGAUAGAUAUAUAUAUGCUGCGGCGUUCAUACAUUCAGUAGGAUUUAUGAGCUUGUAUAUUAUUUAUACCAUGUGAAAUUUGCAUUAUGUAAGGAACAUAUGCGUUGAAUUACGAAGUACCGAUGUUAUCAGAUAAUAAAAUAAGUAGGCUAGGAGGUUUAUAGGAAAUAAUCCUAGAACUUUAAAUUAUAAACACCCUACUCUCAUCUAUUAUUACCUCCGUUCAAUGAUAUAACAAAACAAAAAAACUUGUUCAUUGUUUGAACGGUUAAAGAUCAACGAGAAAUGACUAACGACUAUUAAACCCGCUGAAAGUACUGUUUACAUAACAUUAGAUAAUAAUUAUCUUAUUAGCUGGCAACAAUCUAAUUAUUCAUACCUAAUGGAAACAUAAAACAGGCUUAAUUAGUUAAAGAUAUAAAGAUAAAUAAUUAAAAUUGAUAUUGUAAUAUAACAAUAGCUGCAUUAUGAUAACCGGUUAACUAACUACAAUGUUCAAUAUAAGUGAUCUCUCACACGUAGUCUAUGUACAUGAAUUUGUGGAGCGCUACGCUUUUUUCUCUCUUUUUCUGUCUCUCUCUCUCUCUCUCUCUCUCUGUCUGUCUGUCUGUCCGUCUAUCUCUCCUCACUCUCUUCAAAGAAAAUAUUGUUAUAAUAGAAAGAAGAAAAAUUUUUUUUACUUUUUUUUUUACUCUUUAAAGGCAUCGACUAUUAGUGUAUUCGAAUUUCAAGAGCCUUGAAAAUAUCAGCUUUAUUCAAUUCUUGUAGAAAUCUUAUAUUCAAUCAAUUUAGAACGUUAAAAGUUCCUAUUUGUUAAAAUACUUUUAAAAAUUUAUCAUUCUUCUUCUCUCUUGACUUGGUAUAAAUGUUUCGAAUGUCAUAAAAUUUCAAUUAACCUGCUUUACCAGAGUACGUUAUAUUUGUUCAAUUCAUUAAAUAGUAAAGCAACAAUGUCACGCAUAUCUUUUAAAAGAGAAUUAUCAUUAUAAAUAUAAAUUAUGUAUAAGUGAUUCUUCGCGAAAAGAGGAAACUGUUAAUGCGUAAAAAACUUGUUGGAUAACUUUUAUAUAUUUAUAUCAACGCUAUAGAUAUAUUUGUGUGCUCCAUAUAAAAAAGGUUAGAUAGAUAUAGGAAGAUUGAGAGAGAGAGAGGGAGAGAGAAAAAGAGAGUUAAAAGAAAAUAUAUGGGAAAACACGUAGCUGGAUUUCAUUAAAGCGAUAAAACAGGUUAGAAACUCUCUAAAACCUUUCAAGGUGCCUUUUGAUGCCGAUUAAUGGGUAAAAAGCUGUCAAAAAUAGCCCUUUAAAACGCGUCUAUAAUGAGCUUUCAAUCGAUCGAAAAUAGUUUUACUCAUUGCUCUCUCGUUCGCUCUCUUUCUCUUCUUAAAAUGUGCUUAUCGCAACGUUUGAUAAGCUGUAUAAUAUUGACGCAUCAAAUAAUUGUCCACUGAUAAACAUAAACGGAAAAUUUGGCAAAAAAAAAAAAGUAUCAACAAUAAAAAACAUGUCGUCAAUUGAUGAUUGGGCGUUUCGAUCUGGCAGAGAGAUAAAAACUAUUAUAUACAAAAAAAAAAAGAAAAAAAAGUAAUACGUAAUAGAAGAGAGUACGUAUAAAUGAUAUUUCCAGAUGAUUUGCAAGUGUUUUCUUCUGGUUCGUAUAUCUCUUUUCAAGAAAAGCAGGUAGAAAUAAAAAAAAACAAAGUUAAUCCUAAAGAAAUCGGCUUAUAACCUGCUGCAAUAUUCUCUUGGUCAACUUUUCCUUUUGUUGCACAUGUUAUUAUUAUCUCUAUCUUACUCAUUCUCUCCUAUUUUUCUAUCGCCGUGAAUAGUUCUCUCACACUUGAUUCCGCUUCUCUUUACUCUCUUGCGCUUUUUAAUUGCUAUUUACUAGAAGAUGAAUAGUUGAGGAAUGUGUAAGUAAUUUGUACACUUUUACAAUGAAAGAAGAAAAUUGAAGGCUGACCGCACCCCUGGGGUAGAAGAGGGCGCGAAAAAAGGACCUUUAAUCACGGUCCACUUGAAAAGAAGUAGAAGGACAGAAAGUUCGAUAACACAUUGUAUUUCUUUUUCCUCCUACUUCAUUAUUAAGUUCUUGCGUGCCUUACCUUAACAAAAAAAAAAAUAACUGCCUAGAUCCGUACCUGUGUAUAUGUACGUAAAGUUUUUAAAAUUUCGCCUUGUCAACCUAAUUCUCUUAUCAAUAUUUUUCUCUUAUCGUUUAAUAAUGGAUAAUAUUGGUAAAAAAAAGAAAGAGAGAUCAGCUGCUCCAUUCUCUUUCUCUCUUCUCUCUAACAGUCAAGUUUUUUAUUUGCUUUAUAUGUAUUAAUCCACUCGAAAACUACUUUGAAUACCAUCUCAAAUUUCUUGUAGUUUUUUUAAUACCCGAUAUAUAAACUACACCUUGCCUUUAACCUAAAGUACAACUAACUUAGUUUAUAUAACAAAGUUAAAUAUUGCUGUAAGCCAAUUGCACUCUAUCACCCUGAAAUAAAUAAUUUCCGGGAAUCUGUUUCUUCUUCAACAAAUGUAUAAAGAAAACAUCGUAUGGGGUUUUCUUAGCUAUAAGACUAGGAAGCAAAGACCUUCUAUUCUAUUAUCUUCUUUUCCUUUAUUUCGCUAUAAUAUAUUGUAUAAAGAAAGGAAAAAUGAAUGUACACAUAAUAAACUGUAAAAUAAACGACUCUUGGGACCCUUUAUCUCGCCAAUAAGACCGUUUUCUAUGUUAUCCAACCGUGUUCUCUUCAAGUGUGCAGGCACUUUGUAGGCUAUAAAAUAAAGAAAGAAACAGCUAUUGGCCGGCUGCGGCGUACGAGAGGGAUAAAGAGAAAAGAUUUAGAGUAAGUGAACGAGAGAAAGAGAGAAUGGAAAUGUCCUAAUAAAAACGUGUUCUAUCAAUAAAUCCAUCGAUUUUCCAGUAAAUUGUGUUUUGUGAACGAAACAUUUGAUUAGUUGUUUCUUAUCAGAUGACGAAGGAGAGAGAAUUAGUAAUAGCCGUAAAGGCUCAGGACGAGCAGACGACAAAAAAAUUACUCAUCAACAAACAGAAAGGGAAAAAAUCGAAAAGGGUUAAUGUCGAUUAUCAGGACGGAGAUGGGAUGUCGGCUCUCCAUCAGGCCACUUUGGUUGGCAAUGUCAAUAUUAUGAAAAUACUUUUGGAUGCUCAAGCGUCGGCUUCAGUGUGCGAUAGUAGUGGUAGACGCCCGUUGCAUUUCGCUUGUUGGCAAGGCAGAAUCGAGCCAGUCGACGUUCUUUUAAAGGUAAAUAAAAAAAACCGCAGCUUUAUUUACAUUCGGCUAAAAAACUUUCCCCUCCAACGUUGAAUUUACUCUCAAGUACCUUCUCCUAUGAUAGGCCUAUAAUCCGUCUUCCGGCGUUAACCUUUUUGUUUUAUUAUUAUUAUUUUUUCCCUUCUUUUUCUUUUUUAUCUUCGUUAUUUUUUGAUUUUUUUCAACUUCCGACUUUUUAAGAAAUUGGUCACGCCUUUCUUAGGAAUUUCUCUUGAAAAGAAAACGACAAAAGCCGUGUUUUUUUUUUUCACUUUGACGGAUUAAUACAAGUUUGAAAGUUGUAUGUAGUAUUCCUGUCUCUCAGGAAGAUAGUAUUGAAAAGAGUGAUAUCUGUCAUUUUGCGCGCCUUUAACUUCUAACUUGUCUCUUCUCAUCUAUCCAUCAAAUCGUCACCUAUUUAUCAUCUAUUGGUUAAAUAUUGAAUAGAGCGAAAUUUAACUCUUCUUUGUCUCCAUUCAAAACUCUUAUUUUUCAUUUUCCCUCCCCCCCUUUCCCUUUAACCCGUUACCCGUUGAUGUUUUCUUUUUUGGCCGAACGUUAACCCUAUCAAGUUUACUUUACUAUUUUGAUAUAUCUUGUAUUUGAGGUUGCCUUAUGGAAAAAUUUGCUCUCUACGAAUAGUAGAGAAGGGAAUUGAGUAAAAUAGAAAAUAGGUUGUUUUUAAUAUGAAAAUGUAUAUACAUUCGGAAUAGAAAACCUUGUUAAAUAAUCUCUCCUUACCGAAUUUUACCUAAAAGCGUAUUAAAGGACUUAAAAGAAUUCCUUUAUUGAUUAGUAUUAUUUCUUUACUAAUCUGUUAUUCUAGCCAAGUAUUCUUUCUAUUUAUUCAAAGAGGUAAUCUAUUGGCAGAAAUUAUUCCCGGGUCUGCCUACAUUUCAUUUUCCAUUCUGCUAUUCCGACCUUAUCUUUCUAGGUUUACGUAACGAAUUGCGACCUUUGAAGAAAUUUUCUCUUUCUGUUUUCUAUAAAUCCUAGUAGAAGGCUAAGAAUUAACAGAGCAUUUCGUUGAGUGUGUUGUGUGGCCCAUAAGAAGAUUCAAAAGCUCAAGUGCUAAAGAUUUAUAGCCCUUAAUUAUUACAAAAUGUCGUCGUAGGAUGGCCUGUAAAAUGUAACUUAUUUUUAACUACUGUCUAUCCCGAAUAGUGUUUAACAAUCUGCUCCACUUUUAUAUUGUUUAUUAUUAAAUACUCUUUAUUAUUUGUAUUUACUCGAGUUGGUUGUAGGCCCAAAAAACAAGAAAGAAAAAAAAUUUUAAAACGACGAUAUCUAGAGAACGACUUAAUUUCGUUCUCUAUUUCUGUUUUUUUCUAUCUGUCUGCUAUUAUUUCUUCACGCAUUCUAUAUCUCUCUGCCUGCCUAUCGCGCAUCUAUCUAUCUAUCUCUCUCUCUAUCCGAAUUAGAAAAUAGUAAACAAGAAGAAAAAAUAAUCUUUUCAUUUUUAAUUAGGCCUAUAAUAGUUGAAAAAAAAAAAUUUACUUAACCUCUAGACACGGCAAAAAGUUGCGAUAAACUUUGGCAAUCAGAAUGAAAAUAGAGGAGAAAAAUGUGAGAGAUUGUUGUACAAUAGGGGUUUGGGAGGGGAAAUAUUGUUUAUUUAUAAUUAUUACGUAAUAGGAAGUUAUUAUUAGUCAAAAAUAGAGAUGACGUAGAGGGAGAGAAUUUUACGGAUUGUAGAAUUAGUACAAGAAACAAAAGACAAAAGGAUAACGGUACGACCGAUAUAGAUAAAGAAAAAAAAUGCCUAAAAGGAAUUUUAUUUUCAAUUUUAUAAUCAGAAUACAAGUAAUAAAAAAUUGAUUUUUAUCAGACAAGAACAAUGAGUCUCUCUCUCUCCCUCUCUGUCUGUCUCUCUUUUUCUUUCUAUAUCCAACUUACUAGUAGUUGUUUUUUAUUGUUUUUUAAACACGUGCUCUCUUAUUAUCAAAUCUACUUUUGGAACGAACUUAAAAUAACGGCUCUAUAUCUGAAUUUUUUCUGUGCGUAUUCUUUUAUUUAUAGGCUUAUAUACGCUUAUAAGACGCGAUGAUUUAUAUAUUGCUUAUUAUUGCUAUUGCUGUUUAACUAUUUAAAAAUUUUCGAAUAAUAACAAUAAUAGAAUAUUAAUGUUAUUAAAGGGGAGGGGCAAGUUCUUUCUAUGUUAAUAUAAUACUAGAUAAUUAAGUUGGCUUAUGAUAAAGAGAAAUGGGAUAAAGUUUAUCUUCAAUUUAAACCAUUUCACGUAGAAGGGUAAUAUAUAGCAGGUACUUGUCGGCCAAAACACGAUUACUCCAGGGUCGUAAAUUCAAGUUAAAGAAAACGAUUAGAAUUAUAAAAGAGUUCCUUAUUUCUUUCCUUUUGUACGAUUAUUGUGUACAAGUUAUUUUAAAAAUAUUUGAGGUGAUUUCGCAUAAUUUUGAUUUUAUUUCUAAUAUAAAAAGAAAUUAAAUAUUAAUUAAAGAGAAAAAGUACGAAAUAUUUAUUAUUUUCACAAAAAUUCACGGUGUCAAUACGUUUACCUACUCGAUACGUAAAUAUAAUCAUUAUUAUCCUAUAAGUUUUAUUCGAGUUUGGUUAAUUAACUUUUUCCAAUUACCGAUAAUCAAUGCUGUAAAAACCUAUUUUCGAUCCCUUUGAGUUAGAAAUACGAUUGUUAUAUUCUUUUAAUAACCCUCUCAAGCCCUUAAAAGCUUACGAUUAGAAAUGCCUAAUGAAGCAUUCCUAAUUAUUAUUAUUUAUUUUUAAGUCGUUUAACGCUUUUAUAUUUUUUUCGCUAGUCUUUUUGUUUUUUUCUUCUUUUCUUUCUUUCUCUCUCUCUCUCUCUCUCUUUCUACUAGAAUACAGAAUUUUUUUAUAUCUUAUCCCAAAUUCCUUUAGUCUAUUUAAUGAUAGAAAAAUGCUAUUGUGCAAUUUGCGUAUCAUUCUUUCUCAAUAGCACCACUUACUUCCUCCCAUUCGUACGAUAAAUAUUCCAUGAGUGAUGAGUAAUUCUUUAUAGGCUGACUAAAGAAAAAUAGCAUUCUUUGUGGUAACAAUGUUGUUUACAUUCCCUCUCUCUUUUUUAUCUACUAUAGAAUAAGGCUUCCCCGAAUGACUGCGAUGGUUUUGGUCAAACACCACUUCACUUUGCUUGUGGUCAUGGGCAUAGUGUUGUUGUAAAGAUGCUCUUAGAACACGGAGGAGAUGUAAAUAUCAGGGAUCAACAACAAAAAACUCCGUUCGAUUGUGCUUGUGAAAAAGGAAGAACGCCAGUUGUUCAAGUUUUAAUAUCCUCUUGUUCCAGUCAAUUAAUAAGUAACCCGCAAGAUUAUUAUUGCACUACUCCUCUUCAUCGAGCCGCCCACCACGGUCACGUCGACGUUGUUAAGUGCCUAUUAGAUUCCGGCAUUGUGGAUAUAAAUAGAAGAACUGCGUCAGGUACGGCUCUCCACGAGGCUGUCUUAUCUAAUAAGCCGAAUGUGGCGAAAAUGCUAAUGCAUCGAGGAGUCGAUUUGGAAGCUACUAAUUCCUUUGGUCAAACAGCAGCUCAACUCGUUGAACAGCUGCACAAAUCUAAUAAUUUAUAUAGGGGCGUCAGGUGUUUAUUCACGGGCGACGAUCCGCCCGAUGUUUUACCAAAUCGACCUUACGUCACGUUUGGAACCGACUCAGAAUUUCCUCCGCCACCAGUAACAACCGCUAAAGAUGCUGAUAGGGAUAGCGGAAUAUCACCUCAACAUACCCCGAACAGACUAUCCUCCCACUCUCUAUCUAGCGCCGAAUCGGGCGUCAGUAUGCAUUCAUCAUCCUCUUCCUCGCUUAGAUCUCUAAGCGAAAUAGAGCCAGCUACUUUUAUUCACGACCGACUUAAGGAAGGUCUUAAACCAACUGAUCCUCAGCUAUUAACCGCCUGGCUACAUCAGAUGCAGCUUGCCGAAUAUUCAUCCGUAUUUUUGAACUCCGGCUACGAUCUACCCACAGUUUCAAAGAUGACUCCGUCUGACGUUAACGCUUUGGGUAUUCAAAAAUCAAGUCAUUUGAAAAAGCUAAAAUCUGAAAUCAGUAGAUUGCAUUUUCCCGACCUGCUACCGAAUUUUAUUCCAGAUUCUAUAUCUACAUUUUUGGGUUGUUUAAACCUUAUAGAAUACGAUACGCUAUUGAAAUCUCAAGGUUAUAAUUCAGUCGAUAGUUUAACUGAAAUUACUUUUGAGGACUUGGAAGAGGUUGGUAUAACGAAGUUGGGCCAUCAAAAGAAGCUACUUUUAGCCGUUCAAAAAUUAAGGAGGCUAAAACAAGAUAACCAGCCAUUAGAUGAAACUAUUCAGAGUCCUGACGUUGUUGCCAUACAAGUAUCCCCGAGCGCUGAUAAGUCAUUACCAAUUCAAAUGGACUCGGAGGAUGUUGCAUAUAGUGGAACCUUAGCUAGAAGAAAUAAAAGUACAUUUAGUAAAAUGUCUAAUGUACAAGUAAGGAGAAACAAAACGCCUCCACCUCCACCUAGGAGAACGAACAGUAUGAGAACAUCUAUGAGAGUUAAGCCAGUCAGUCCACCUAAGUUACCUAGCGUAGACGAUAUAGAACACACUAAGAAGAAGGAAGUGCAUUUUUCUAGUCUUCCUAGACCUCAUAAAUCCACUCUCCCUCCUAAAAUAUUACCAACACCUUCCCUCCAAGCUCAUAGUGUCGCUGUUACACAUUACGAAGAUGUUGUGGCCAGUAAUGAGUACUUACAUUUCGCAAACGAAAAUGUCGGAACUAUCAGACAAAAAUCUCAUCUUGAAAAGCCAAGCGCCGAGGGGGCUUUCGAAUGUCCAAAUAUCCUGAACGAACUCGACGAUAUGCUUCAAGGUUUAAGCGACGAAUUAGACGCAACAAUCAGUAAAUUGGAAACAGAAUAAAUUGGAGCUGGUGCUUCGGAGACCGCAUCUCGAAAAAAUGUUGAGAUGAAACUUUAUUCGCGACCAGUUAGAUAGAAAUAGGUGCUUUUUAUAUAUAUAUAUAAAUACAUAUACAUCUCGAUUUGUGCCUUUUUUUUCUCGUGGAAAAAAUGUGAUGUAAAAGCAAAAUGGAAAAAACUAUGAUUUUAGUUGAUAAUGUUACUAUUAUUAUUAUUAUUAUUAUUGUUAUGCAAUCAAUAUUCUGUAAAUUUUACACGCCUUUUAAAAGAAAGAAACAAACAUUCAAUUGUCUUUUGUUUCUGUUGUGCAUUGAGCCUGUUUUUUAAUCAGAUGUAAAGAAAGGAAAAUAAUGUUAAUGUUAAGAGAGAAAUUCUUUAAUUUAUUUCCCUUUUAUUUUUUAUUACUUUGAUGUUUUUCUUUCGCGUUAAAGUUAUUGAACAAGUCUUGUUUUGUUUUUUAACUGUACACUUGGAAGAUGGUGAAAAGUCAAACGAGAAGGAGAUUGCAGGGAAAAGAAAGACAAAACACACAGAAUAAAUUCAAUAGUAAGGAAAGAGAAAAAGGGAAAAUUACUAAUUAAAAAGUAAAUGUUAUGGAAAAAGAAAAAAAAUCGUAUUUCUUCUGACGCCAUCACUUGGUCUAUCUGGAUAUUUUUUUUCAGGUGCCUUAAAUAUAUUGUGAUGUUAAAAAGAAACAAAUGAUCUAUUUAAAUAUUCUAUUUUACUUUGUUUAAGUUUAGGCUAAAAAGGAAAAUUUUUUGCUUCUUUUGUAAAAAUACAAUCUCAUAUCUUCAUUGAAUCUUUUUGGAGAAAAA